GUCAAAUUGUGCAGUACCGGGUAAUAAAAGUAGUCCAUUGAAUUUCCCGCCAGCUUGUCAAAACCCGCCCAAUUCUGUGGUACUUCGGCUAAAAGUAGUCCAUGAAUGUGAAGUGUCGGGCGUGCUAUUUUGUUAUUUCAUUAAAAUAAACGUAUGGAAAUUAAAAAAAAAUAACGUCGAGAAACGUUUGUUAUCAUAAGUGAUUUAUAUACAAUUCAUUUUGAAUGUUCGACUAAAAUAUCGCGGAGGAAUCGUCGCCAGCUUCAAUCCGGGCUAACUCUUCUACAAACCACAAACUAUAUCUGGACAGCGUUGCCACUACAGUAAUGGUGAAUGACAAAGAGGUGAAUGUGCGGACCAUUACGGUGGAGGACCGUACUGGGAAGGUGAAAGUCAGCCUGUGGCGCAACAUUGCAGCAGAGCCUGUGGUGUUGGGGGAUGUUGUUGCCAUCACCAAUAUUGUUGUCAACAGCAAGAGAUAUAACAAUGAGGAAUCCCUGUCGUCAACACAAUUUACAAAGAUAGAGGUUACUGACAUGCCAAACACCGAGAUGACGGCCACCAUUCUAGGACUUGACCUGGGUGAUGUGGAAUCCCAGUUACUCACAGAACAGGAUGGAAUCUUCAAUGUAUCAAACGAAGUGCUAGUUGCAGCCUUUCAGUGUCAGUUGGAAGACAUUACAGCCAAACUACCAAAAACACUGAAUUUCAUAGCCAAAGGACAGUCUGUGGUCACCUUUAAUGAGUGAAAAAUCAUGUUCAAAGUUUAUAGUUUAGAGAUGUUUACUUUUCAUACACUGGAGCAUGACAGUCUGUGGUCACCUUUAAUGAGUGAAAAAUCAUGUUCAUAGUUUAUAGUUUAGAGAUGUUUACUUUUCAUACACUGGAGCAUUCAUAGUGUUGCCUGUUAUAUCAUUCCAUCACCAAGAAUUACCAAACUUGCUAGCUCUUGACCUGGGUGGUGUGGAAUCAAGCUUAGUCACAGAACAGGAUGGAAUCUUCACUAAAUCGAACGGGGAUCUAGUUAUCACCUAGGAUUACCAAACUUAGUGUGAGGAUGCAUAUAUUGAAUGCAGCGUUCCACUUUCAUCAGUUUCAUGUCCUUCUGACGUUGACCUUUACAUUUGAUCUUCAUUAUUUAGAGUAAUAUUCUUGAUGAAAAUUCACUUUAAAACACACAAAAAUCUAUCUUUGUCUGUUAGAGGACAUUACCUAUCUGUCAUUGAUGUGACAGAUUGAUGCAUUAUUUGAUGUGAAAGUGGCGUAUUUUACCUAUUAUAAAAGUCAUUUGA